UUCUGGUGGUGUUGUCUGAGCUGUGGCUUUCUCUGCCCGAUGCGUAAAAGCGAGAAUGGUCCGGGGCAGCACCGGCACCGGCAGCCUCAACACACUUUGACAGAAAGAAGCAAGACGGAGAGUGAGGGUAAGAAAGAGAGUGAGGGAGGGUGGGAGAGAGCCCUCCCCCAGCCAAGUGUUUCCAAUGGAUCCACUCCUUCAUAACCCCACUCUUCUCCAGCUUUUCGCAGAUGGCCAAAGUUCCCAAACAGCACGGUGGAUCUGCUCACAGGAUGACAGGAUGAGAGCAGCUAGUUAACUCUUUAACCACUGCUUUGUUUUACUUGCUGUAUAGUGAAAGUAGUCAAACACCCUCUGGCGCACGAGGCUACAUGUGUUUGCGUGCGCUGGUGAUGCCAUGCCGCGCAGUCACACCGGAGACGAGAGCAGCGGCACUGGGCUCUGGCUGAAGACCUCGACUGGAAGCAGGGCGCAGGACAACGCACUGAAAGAUGUGGAGUCUGGGCGCAGGGCAAUGAAUAACGCGGGGCGAGUAGGUGACGGUCUCCUGUCUCCCUCCACGGCAGGUGCGUUGGGGUCGGAGAGGAAGCAGGGAGCCCGGCUCAGCCUGCUCGGGAAGCCGCUGAUCUACAGCGCGCAGAGCGGCCGCAGGAACGCGCGAUACCGGCGGCUCCAGAAUUACCUCUACAACGUGUUGGAGAGACCGAGGGAAUGGGCGUUCGUCUACCAUGCGUUUGUGUUCAUCCUGGUGUUUGGGUGUCUGGUUCUCUCUGUGUUUUCCACCAUCCCUGCUCACCAGGAAUUCUCUGCUCACUGCCUGCUCAUCCUGGAGUUUGUGAUGAUUGUAGUGUUUGGUCUGGAGUACAUCAUCAGGAUAUGGAGUGCCGGAUGCUGCUGCCGCUACCGAGGCUGGCAGGGACGCCUCCGCUUCGCCAGGAAACCCUUCUGUGUCAUAGACAUCAUCGUACUCAUCGCCUCGGUUGCUGUGGUUUCGGCCGGUAGUCAGGGCAACAUCGUUGCCACCUCUGCGCUGCGAAGCCUGCGUUUCCUGCAGAUCCUGCGCAUGGUGCGCAUGGACCGGAGGGGGGGCACCUGGAAGCUGCUGGGGUCUGUAGUUUUAUUGCACAUAGAGCUGGUGACUGCCUGGUACAUUGGGUUCCUGGUGUUAAUCUUCUCCUCGUUCUUGGUCUAUCUGGUGGAGAAAGAAUUCAACCAAGAGUUUGCCACGUACGCCGACGCUCUGUGGUGGGGAACGAUCACCCUGACAACCAUCGGCUACGGUGACAAGACCCCGCAGACGUGGACGGGACGGUUGUUAUCCGCCGGGUUUGCUCUGCUGGGGAUUUCCUUCUUCGCUCUGCCAGCU